UGAAUCCGAGAGGCAAGUUCCUGCAGGGGUGGACUUCGGUGGUUUUUCCAAUCAGCAUUUAUCGAGGUGAAGAGAAAUAUUUUCCCUCUUCGAUAGAAUUGCGAUAUCGCAAAUGUUACUAUAGCAUAACUGAAAAAAAUCCUUGUGAAUAAAAUUAUGAAAUAAUACCUUUUACUACGGCAUUGAUGAUUAUAAAAUUAUUUUUUAUCUACUCAAAAUGUAAAUUAUAAGGUUGGGCAGUAUUUUAUGUCUGGAUUUUGUCGCUACUUCCUUCUCAUUGAGAUCAUCGUACAUUAUCCACUUUCCUCUUCAGAAUACUAUGCCGAUUAGUGGUCCAAACUGGUUGAAUAUCGCGAACCAGUAUUAUUUAUACCCUUAAAGGCGACGCAACUAGCUAAUUUAAAAGUUUUCUGGCUAGCGCGCCAAGACUUCGGGAUCUUUACGAGAUGCAAGCAGGUGCAGCUUACGACGAGCUGCACUAAGACAGGAACGUACAAUACGGUACAGCGAAUUGAAGUUCCACUCUGCGGAAGUUAGGCUUUCGAUGCAUUCUCCUUGUAUACAAAAAAAACAUACAUUCAAAAUUCCACUUUAUAAAGUUUGCUCUUUAUCUUAUUGCUCUGGUCGCAGUCGAUAUUCUUCUGUUCAUAUUUCAGGCGUUUUUUAUCUGGCUGUUUGUCAUCAGUUCUAAUUUACCUUACAUUUUCCUAGCGUUAUUAUCGAAUCCCUCUUAAAAAGCCCUAACAUCGAUUUAUCAGGAUCUAAAAAAUCUAUUAUCAUUAUUAUUAUUAUUAAAUCAAUUUUACUUGGAUAGGGUUUUAAAACCAAAAUAAUUAUAACCACCAAAACUUUAACUUCCCAAAACUCACAAAACCCCUUUCCAGGCAACAACUCAUCAACGCCAGCGCCUAGCCUUUACCGUCCUGAGCUCUUCGGUCUCAUGGGUCUCUCGGCGUAUGUACCAGCCAAGCCAGUGGAAAUCAUCGAUGGAAAUUCAAAAGUCCUGAAUAUUAUAACAACGACGCCAGCUAGUGAGCAACAGGAUGCAACAACCAGACCAAUGGCAUUCGUCGAGCAGUUGUCGAUGGUGAAGAAGGGUAGACGACUGCGUUCCACAAUGUCGCCAUCGCCAAGAUAAAUAUAUACACGUGCUGAAAAUUACUCACAACUAAUCGAAAUGGAACGAUCUUGUGGACUCAUAUAACUUUUGUAAUAUAAUUUUUCAAUCGAUAUUUUGGUGUAACUAAAUGCGUAUGUCAUAUUUAAGCGCAUUUAACAUUUAGUAACUACUCUUAAGGAUGUAAUUUAAUUAAAGCAAUUAUAUAUAGUGAAAGCUCUAGGAUAAAUCAGUCCCAAUGUGCUGAAUUUAGUUUUAAGAAUAAAAGUAAUAUGGACCCUAAAUCGUUGUAUGCGAAAUAAAGUUUUAAAAUUAAAUUGAAUUAAAAAAAAAAA